AUGCCAGGGCGUUCAAGUUCAGGUUCAACCAGCUUCAUCUCCUUCAGCGGUGUAGAAUCUGCUCUCUCCUCCUUAAAAAACUUCCAGUCCUGUAUCAACUCUGGCAUGGAUGCAGCUUCCAGUGUUGCUUUCGAUCUUGUGGAAACUCAGACUGAAGUGAGUAGCGAAUACAGUAUGGACAAGGCGAUGGUUGAAUUUGCUGUAAUGGAUCGGGAGCUAAACCAUUACAUAAAGGCUGUUCAGUCUGCAAUAAAUCAUGUAAAAGAAGACCGUCCAGAGAAAAUACCAGAUUUAAAAUUACUAGUGGAGAAGAAAUUUGUGGCGUUACAGAGUAAGAAUUCUCCUGCAGACUUCCAGAAUAAUGAAAAAUUUGUGCAAUUUCAACAACAGCUGAAAGAACUGAAGAAGCAAUACGGCCUUCAAGCAGACAGAGAGGCUGAUGGAACAGAAGGCGUUGAUGAAGAUAUGAUUGUGACGCAAAGUCAAACCAACUUCAUCUGCCCCAUCACACAGCUGGAAAUGAAGAAGCCAGUGAAAAAUAAAGUGUGUGGCCACACCUAUGAGGAGGAAGCCAUUGUUCGCAUGAUUGAGUCCAAGCACCGAAGGAAGAAAAAGGCCUGUUGCCCCAAAAUCGGCUGCAGCCACACAGAUGUGCGAAUGUCGGAUCUGGUCCAGGAUGAAGCACUCAGAAGGGCGAUUGAAGGCCACAAGAAACGAAGCCGCCACUCGGAGUAG